GUCAUUUCUCUCCCCACAAGCUGUCACACUGACAGCUCGUGAGGAGAGGUGAGCCGGUAAUUGGCAUUCCUCGGAGGGGACAUCAGUGCCACCUGUCAGUGUCCAUCAGUGCCAGCUGUCAGUGCUCAUCCAUGCCACCUGCCAGUGCCACAUUUCAGUGCCACAUUUCAGUGCCCAUCAGUGCCACACCAAUGCCACAUAUUAGUGCCCAUCUGAGCUUCCUUUCAGUGCCAGUCAGUACCACCUAUCAGUGCUGCCAAUCAGUGCCACCUAUCAGUGCCAGUCAGUACCACCUAUCAAUGCCAAUCAGUGACGCCUAUCAG